AUGGGCAAAUCCAAGCGUCGCAAGUUGCAAGAACGCAAAGACCACAACGAGAAAUCUAACAAAGGUCGCUCGAGAACAAACGUUCGCGAAGGACCCUCACGACCAAAAAGCCAACAGGCGAAAUCGCAACAACAUGCCAAAGCCUCGUCGGAAAAGAAAGCAAAAGCAUCGGCAGGUACACGGCAACAGCAACAACAAAAUCAAGACCCUAUCAUCCCCUUCGACGCCCUCGACCGCAUCCUCAUCAUCGGCGACGGCGAUCUGAGUUUCAGCAGAAGUCUGGUGGAUACGCAUGGAUGCGCUGCACUGCUGGCAACCACCUACGACACGGAAGCCGAGUUGCUGGAGAAAUACCCACAAGCGCAGGAGAACAAAGAUGCGAUUGAGGCGGAAGAGCAAAGAGUAUUACACGGGGUAGACGCGACAAAAUUGGGGCAGAAAGAGGUCAAGAAACAAGCUGGUGGGUGGGAGAGAGUGGUGUUCAAUUUCCCGCAUGUGGGAGGUAAGAGUACGGAUGUCAAUAGGCAGGUCAGGUAUAACCAAGAAAUGCUGGUUUCCUUUUUCAAGGCAGUGACGCCAUUGUUGGCUCCUCAUGGCACUGUAAUUGUUACCCUGUUCGAAGGCGAACCUUACAUGCUCUGGAACAUCCGCGAUCUGGCUCGUCAUUCUGGUCUGGAAGUCCAACGCAGUUUCCGCUUCCAAACAGAGGUGUACCCAGGAUACUCGCACGCACGCACAUUAGGUAACAUCGAGGGAGGAGGAGGUUGGAAGGGCGAGGAGAGACCGUCAAGAAGCUAUGUCUUCCAACACAAGGGAGCAGGCGAGCUGGUGCAGAAGCAACAAGCUAAGAACAACAAGAGGAAAAAGGCGGAUGAGAGUGAUGAUGAAGACAGUGAUGAGGACUGA